ACAUUUGUAUACAAAGCUCCAGUUUGUAUUGAACAUUACAGUGCAUGUGAUUUGAUACAGAAUGAUAAAACAUUAGCAUUUUGCAACAUACGAUAAUAUGUGUGGCUGCUGCCUGAGCUUGGAGAACCCUUCCCCCAUAGUGAUGUGAAGCCCCCCUCCCAGUCACACAAGAACUGAAGAGGUGCAGCAUGGCUCACAACUGCCUGCAGUGCAUUAAGUACCUCAUGUUUGUCUUCAAUCUUCUCUUCUGGCUGGGAGGCUGCGGGAUCCUUGGAGUCGGCAUCUGGCUAGCUGUAACUCAAGGGAACUUUGCCACUCUCUCUUCUUCCUUCCCUUCGCUGUCAGCUGCCAACCUGCUGAUCAUCACAGGGACUUUUGUAAUGAUCAUUGGCUUUGUGGGGUGCAUAGGAGCAAUCAAAGAGAACAAGUGCCUCCUGCUCAGUUUUUUUAUCAUGCUGUUAAUUGUGUUUGUGCUGGAGCUCACCGUUGUGAUUCUCUUCUUCGUCUAUACUGACAAGAUUGAUAAGUAUGCUCAGCGAGAUCUGAAGAAAGGGCUUCAUUUGUAUGGAACGGAUGGAAAUAUUGGCCUAACUAAUGCAUGGAGCAUCAUACAAACAGAUUUCAGAUGCUGUGGCGUGUCAAACUACACUGACUGGUUUGAAGUAUACAAUACCACACGCGUGCCAGAUUCCUGCUGCUUGGAAUUCAGUGAGAACUGUGGUCUCCAUUCCCCAGGGACCUGGUGGAAAGCUCCUUGUUAUGAAACAGUGAAAAUAUGGCUCCAGGAAAAUCUGUUAGCAGUGGGAAUUUUUGGAUUGUGUACAGCAUUGGUUCAGAUUCUUGGACUGACGUUUGCAAUGACCAUGUACUGUCAGGUUGUCAAGGCAGAUACCUACUGUGCAUAAAAAUCACACUGAAUGUCCAUCUGCAUUGGCUUGCCCUCUCUACAACAUGGAAGAGGACUCUUCUUCAUGCUCAAUCGUAAUUUUUUUCUAUGUAAAAUAAACUGUGUAAUUCUCUUUGGAAAUUUUGUGAAUCACCCUAUUUCAUCACCACCAUCCGAAAGGAACUGUCAAGGAACUCAGACUUGCUUAGACAGAAGAAAAUAUUAUUUCUAAAUAACAAGAAAGAAAGAAAGAAAGAAAGAAAGAAAGAAAGAAAGAAAGAAAGAAAGAAAGAAAGAAAGAAAGGUCCCUUUUUGCACAGAUUGUGGUACCUGUGAAGAGGCUGAUUUGAAAUACAUCUAUAUAUCUAUAGAUAGCCAUGUAUCUAUAUAGAUAUAUAAAUAUGUUUCAUUUAUUUCUCUUUACUUCUGGUGAAUAGAGGUUUCCAAGCAUCAUGCAUCCACCAAGUUCCUGAAAAUACAGAGGGCAAAUAAUUUGUCAAGACCAGUGAAGAGAAUGCAUCCUUUUACUACAGCUUGUCUUUAUAGACCAGCUAAUGAAACAGUUCGGUUCUGAACUCUCAAGAUUUUACCAUAGGAUAUAUUUGGGGAAAGGUUGUGGUCUCUCUAAAGAAGUGGUGUCCAUGUCCUGCUUUCUGAAAUCAGGUUUAUAAUGAAAAGAGGGACCUAACCUGGACCUGCAUUUAUAUCUGUCAGCAGAAACUGGGUUCUGUCUUACACAUUACACUAAUAAUAAUAUGCAAAUAUAGAUGUGGGAAAAUCGACAGAAAGUAUAUAGAUAUAUACUGAGCAUUCUAAAUUAAAGUGAAGUAGUCUAGCAGAUGCCUAAAGAAGCAGGAAAACUCACCACUUAAGUUUCCUGGGACCACAUAUUCAGAAGGAAAUAAUAAAAUAUCACAUUGGGCACAGAAAUAUAGUCAAUUAGCGAACAGGCAAUUAUUUCUGAUUGAUCUCUUAUUUGGUAAACAAUAAGCUGUAGUUAUCUUUCUAUAACAUAUUUUCAAUAUUUUUUUCACCUCACCUUUGCCCUAUUCAUUUUUAGAAUAGAAGCAAUCAGCUACCUGCACUGAUGUACCUUUUCAUUCAUCUAGUCUGUGAUAAUUUCAUCUUUGUAUGGGUGCACUUCUGAGGUCUAGGAAAAUAUCCAGAUACAGACCUGUUUAAUGCUUUUGUUUGUAACUGCUGUUUAAAUGAUCCUAGCUGGCUAGCUCAGCCAGAGGUUGACAGUUGAUUCCCCACUGUGCCUUCUGGGAGAAGAGCCAGCCUAUGUGACCUUGGGCAAGCUGCACAGUCCUAGGGCACCCCUAAGAAGAAGGGAACAGGAAGCCACCUCAGUGUGCCCUGCAACUAGAAAACCCGGGAAAGGGUCAUCAUAAGUUGGAAUUAACUUGAUGGUGUUUAAUGAUUACUAUUAUUAUAGGAAGAGCAAGAAAAUGUGCAUAAUUUCCCUACCAACACACACACAGAGAGAUGAUAUAUAGGCACUCGUUUUUCAGUUUCAGUUGCCUGUAUUAAUUUAAACUGAAGAAAAUGUAAGCCUUUAAAGCUUUAGUACAUCCACAUACUUUUCUGUUUAUUAAAGACACAGGCUACCAGAGAUGCCAAAGUAGGCAACAAUACUUUGUGGAAAUUCUACUUGCCCUUACUU